UGCGUCGCCAAGAAGGUUGGAAAGACAUUAAUUAGGAAGGGAUUAGUAGUAGCCUCUAGCUGCUUAUAAAAGGCAGGGUAGCAGCAUAAGGUGGCAUGAGCUUAGCUGCUGCGAAGUUACACGGCUACGCACCGUUCUUGCUAACUAUAUACGAUUUCUUAUACACUUAUUUCUUUUGAGGCAUAGCGUGCUGGCUAAGUAUAGGUAGGUAGCUAGCUCUGCCGCUGCUUAUAAAAAGGCAGUGCUGCACGGUGGUGAGCGUACCUAGCUAGAGCAUAGAGAAGCAGGAAAGUUUUGGAGAUCGAUCGAUGGCACAGCAGCAAGCCGGUGCAAGAGGCAGCAAGCUGGAGAUCGUCGCCGCCCGGGGAGGAAGUGGCGGCAGCAGCAGCGCCGGCGAUGCGGAGGCGCCGCCGUUGGACGUCCUGAGGCAGGACUCCCUCUACCGCGACGCGACGCGGCCGGCCCACGGCCACCAUGGACAGGAGAGCUGGAUGAGGACGCUGCGGCUGGGGUUCCAGUGCGUGGGAAUCCUGCACGCCGACCUCGGCACGUCGCCGCUCUACGUGUACCAGAACACAUUCAAGUACGGCAUCAAGCACGAGGACGACAUCAUCGGCGUCCUCUCCCUCAUCAUCUACAGCUUCGUGCUAUUCACCAUGGUCAAGAUCGUCUUCAUCGCCCUCCACGCCAACGACGAUGGCGACGGUGGGACAUUUGCUCUGUACUCGUUGAUCUCGCGGUACGCCAAGGUGUGCCUGAUCCCAAACCAGCAAGCCGAGGAUGAGCUGGUGACGAGGUACAACGACCACGGGAAGCCGCCGGCGACGCUGCGGAGGGCGCAGUGGAUGAAGAGCCAGCUCGAGAAGAAGCCCGCCAAGAUUGCCGUCUUCUUCCUCACCAUCUUCGCCACCGCGCUGGCCAUCAGCGACUGUGUGCUAAACCCUUCAGUCUCUGUACUUUCGGCGGUCAACGGCUUGAAACUUAGAGCACCUCAUCUGACAACAGACGAAGUGGUCUGGAUCACGGUGGGAAUACUGGUGGUGUUUUUCGCAGUGCAACGGUUUGGCACUGACAAGAUUGGCUACACAUUUGCCCCGGUUGUUGUUGUGUGGCUGUUACUCAUCUCAGGGAUUGGCAUCUAUGACUUGGUCAAGUACGAUGUCGGUGUCUUGAGGGCGUUCAACCCCAAAUAUAUCAUCGAUUAUUUCCGACGAAAUAAGAAGGACGGAUGGGUCCAGCUCGGUGAAGUUCUUCUUACAUUUACCGGCACAGAAGCUCUCUUUGCUGAUUUAGGAUACUUCAGCAUCAAAUCAAUUCAGUUAAGCUCUACCUUUGUCUUGCUCCCAUCAGUGUUAUGCACCUACAUUGGGCAAGCAGCAUACCUAAGGAAACACAUGGAUCAGCAGCACAUACAAAACGCUUUCUUCAAUUCCAUUCCAAGACCUCUGUUCUGGCCAAUGUUCGUUCUCGCUAUCAUGACGUCAGUCAUCGGUUGCCAAGCCAUGGUGUCUUGUGCCUUUGCAACCAUGUCACACUUGCAGACACUGAAUUGUUUCCCACGGAUUAAGAUACUGCACACAUCAAGGCGUUAUUCAGGACAGUUGUACAGUCCUGAAGUGAACUUCUUCCUCUGCCUACUUUCCUGUGUAAUCACCUUAAGUUUCAGGACGACAGGUUUCAUUGUCAAAGCACAUGAAAUUUGUGUGGUCCUUGUGAUGGUUAUCACAACUAUCCUGAUGACUAUAGUCAUGCUUCUCGUAUGGAAAGUAAAUAUUUGGUGGAUCGUUCUAUUCUUUGUCGUCUUCAUGUCAACGGAGACCGUCUACCUAUCAGCAGUUCUCUACAAGUUCACAAAAGGACCAUACAUGCCCUUGGCUAUGUCAGCUGUUCUAAUGGUGAUCAUGUUCGUGUGGCACUACGUGCAUGUGAAGCGAUACAAGUUUGAGCUUGAACAUACCGUAUCACCUAAUAAGGUCAGAGAGCUCCUUGAACGGCGUGAUCUAAAGAGGGUUCCUGGUGUGGGGCUCUUCUACACUGAAUUGGUGCAAGGCAUCCCACCGAUAUUCCCUCACCUUAUCGAGAAAAUCCCGACCAUUCACUCGGUGAUCGUGUUCAUCUCUAUGAAGCACUUGCCUAUCCCUCAUGUCGAUGUCUCGGAGCGCUUCCUCUUCCGGCAAGUGGAGCCCAAGGAGUGCAUGGUGUUUCGAUGUGUCGCACGAUAUGGAUAUCGGGAUACUCUAGAGAUGGCUGAUGACUUUGUCACCACUCUUGUCGAGUACCUCCAGUACUAUAUCCGGGACCUAAAUCUAUACAACACGGUUGAGCCACUCAAGAUGAGCUGCCCAAGCAUUAGAAUUGAUAGUUUUUCCUGGGAUAGACGACCCUCAGGGCAUGGCAUUUAUGCCGAGGAGAUGCUUACACCAAUCCAAUCAUUUUCUGAGCUCACAAUGCAUCCUGUUGGUAUGAGCAGCCGAUUAGCGCAAUUCCAAACAACUAAGAUGAGCCUUGAAGAGAUGUUGAAGAUUGAGGAAGACCAAAAGUUGAUCCAACGAGAAGUGGACAAUGGUGUGGUUUACAUACUUGGGGAGAGUGAAGUGGUAGCGAAACCACAUUCCAACUUGCUUAAGAAAGUUGUUGUAAACUACAUAUUCAACUUUCUGAGGAAAAACUCUCGAAAAGGAGAGAAGAUGUUGUCUAUUCCACGCCGCAAGUUGCUCAAGGUUGGAAUCACGUACGAAAUAUAAACAUGCCAACAAUCAGUAAGAUGGUGGCUUAUACACAAGGGGUGUAGAUUUGUCGAGCAAGCAUAUAUCAUGCAUGCAGGGUUUGCUUACUUGCAAAUGUACUUGGAUUUUGUUUGCUUGCGUGACUCUCCAUGAUAGGAAAAAAAAUAAAAGAAUUACAUGCAAGGAGGAAAAUAUGCCAGCAAAAUGAAAACAGUCAUAAUCGAGAAUAUCACAAUGCGAUAUAUGGGUUCCAUAUAUAUAGAAUUUCUUUUUUCAUUUAUGUCCCAACUACAACCGCAAGAUGAGUUGUGUUAUGAGUCACCAAAACAAUUGGACUGUACUAGAUUACAUUUUGUUU